AUGAAGAGUCGGAAUAACAUCAACCACGUCUGUUUGACUGUAUUCUUCCUCGUCACCAUCUUCAUUAUCUACUACAACAUAUUUGAGAGAGCAGGUGAACCAUCAAUCAGUGUCAUCAAUGAACUCCCAUUUGUUCCAAACAAUUUAAAAUUCACCUGCGAUGAUUUAUUUAUCGGGACUGCGCUAGAUAAAUUCAACUUCAGCAAAAAAUAUUACGAAGACCUUCCUGCAUUCACGGCGGAAGUGAGCAAACAUGGCUGGAGCGAGGAUGGACACACCGCUAUGUUUCCGACGGAACAUCUGGCACUUCACUUUUUAGCCAGCAGAGAAUUUGUCAGAAGUGUUUGCGAAACCGGGUUCAACUACGGACACAGCAGUUAUACGUUCAUGACUGCUCGAUCGGGUAAUAAAAUAUUAUCGUUCGAUAUUGGCCACCACGCCUACACUUCAGUCAUCAUGUCCUAUCUCAACCGAACAUAUCCCGGUCGAUUCGAGGGUGUUCUUGGUGAUUCGAGUAUCACUUUGCCGAAAUUUGUGAAAGAACAUCCCAACCACCGAUGCAAUUUAUUCUUCGUCGACGGCAGUCACACGUACAAGAUCGGCUACUCAGACCUCAAAAGUUUCAGCAAAAUUUCCGACAAAAACAACAUUAUCGUUUUCGAUGAUUUUCCAACUCUAGAUGGUAGUUUUACUAAUGAGCUAGGGAGAGCCUGGGAGCAAGCAAAAAGUGAAAAAAUGAUUGUUGAGAUCAUGAGGUGCACUAGAAAGGAAGAUAAAAUUAGAGGCUUUACGGUGGGGAAGGAUGCACCAGAUUUAAGUUUACCAAGUCCGCCCGGGCCGGACUUGGCCGGAUUUAAAAUUCAAAAACCGGCCGGAGCCGGAUUUUAG